AUGAUCAACUCUUUUGUUGACUUUGUAUCGGGUGUUGAUGAUGCAGAGAAAUCAACUGAUCGAACACUAUUUGAAGUGGUAUCAGUCAACUCUUCUACGAUACAUUAUGUAUAUUGCAUUGGGUCCUAUUUCAUUUUCUUUGUAUGUCAUUUGCACAUCGGUCGUUUACCAUUGUCUGCUGACCAAGCAAUUACCAGACACAAUAAUGAAAACCAUGAGAAUGAUGAUUGCAAAGUAUUCCUUUCUGAAUUGGUUCAAGUGUUACCUUUGAUUGAAGGAUCAAUCUAUAUAUUGGAUGAAUGGUUAGAUGAUCAAAUAUCAUGCAACAAGAUAAAUAUCGAGUGUCUAUUAGACUAUUAUAUCGUACCCAUUCUACAACAACAUUCCACCUCUUAUUCAAUGAUUGUAUCUUGUUUGAAGAGAUUACUAUCAACAAAAUAUAGAGACUAUUUAUCUUGUAUCAAUCAAGAUAGAUUAGAAAAAAUAAGAGAUACAAUCAUUGCAAUCGACAACAAGAAUAACGAUAUAAUCAUUCAGCAACUGAAAGAUUCUAUAUUGGACAAACAACAAACUAUAGAUACAAGAGUAAACCUAGAUGGUGAAUGUACAGUAUUAUCAUCAAUUACUAGAUCAUUUAUCAGUCUCGUAUCAACAGUUUAUCAUUUAGAGUUGGUUAUGAAUAGUGGACAAACGUUUGAGAUUAACAAACUACUAUUAGAUGAACCACAAUUAAUCAAAGAUAUAUCAUCAACAAUCAUUCAAAAUGGAUACAAUCAACACUUUGAAUUGAUCAUCACAGAGAUUGUCAAUCAACAGCAACAACAACAACAACAACAAUCACUCUCACCUUUACCUCCUCCUCCUCCAACAGUCAUAUCUAUAUUCAUUAUACUUUUACAUUUGCAACAAUAUAGUGGUAAUGACCAACAACACCAACACCAACAAUGCUUAUCAAUUAUUACAGAUAGUCAAAGCAAAAGCAAAGCAAUGAUUAAACAACCAUUGCAAUCACAACUAUACCAAUUAAUAUCAAAUCAUUCACAAACACAAGAUUAUUUACAAUCAUUAGAGAUGACAGCAAUGUGGAGAACUGAACAAUGCUCAAAUGAACCAUACCCAAGAUGUGCACAUACUUGUGAUACAGUAGGUGACUAUAUGUAUCUAUUUGGUGGAUGGACAGACGAGAAUCAAAUGUUAAACGAUAUGCAUCGUUUUAAAGUUGAUACUUGGGAAUGGGAGGAGAUUCAUUAUAAACAACAAGAAAAAGAACAGGAUAAAGAGAUAUCAGGAUAUACAACAACAUUUACAAUUACAGCUAGAAAUGGUCAUACUUUAACAACAUAUAAUAGACAAUUGGUAUUAUUUGGUGGAGGAUCAUUUGAAGGUUUUUUAAAUGAUAUUACAAUCUAUGAUACUGAUACCAAACGAUGGAUGGUACCACAGAGUAUUACAGGUACCCCUCCAUCUGGUCGAUCUAAACAUUCUGCUUCAUUGGUCAAUGGCAACAAACUAUAUGUAUUUGGUGGUGGUGAUGGUGUUAGAUUACACAAUGACCUCUUUUGCUUUGAUCUGGUAAAGUUGGAAUGGAGUCUGGUUGAAAUUAAAGGUAAUGGUACAGCAGCAGCUCCAUCACCUAGAUGGGGUCAUUCAAUGGUCACUCUAAACUCUACCAAAUUAAUUGUAUUUGGUGGUCAUUCUGGUUCAAAGAGAUUAAAUGAUGUACAUGUAUUUGAUACUGAAACAAAUAUUUGGUCGAUUAUCAAUCAAAGUAAUCAAGAAAUUAUAUUUAAUCCACAACCAAGAGCAGGUCAUUCAGCAUCAAUGAUUGGAGAUUUUAUGGUUGUUUUUGGUGGUGGUGAUGGUCAUAUUUUAAAUGAUUUUGUUGGAUUGGAUACACGUACUUGGAAAUGGUGGAGAAUUACUCCUCCUCCUGGUGGUAGAUGUGCUCAUUCAAGUUGUGUCAUUCGUAAUAAAUUGGUUAUAUUUGGUGGUGGUAAUGGUUUACAAUGUUUUAGAAAAAUGUUGGUUUGUGAACAUAUUGAUACUUUGGAAUCAAUGUAUUUGGCACAUUUUAACAAAGAAUUAAAUUCUACUACUACUAAUGGUAGUAGUACUGGUACGAAUCAAUCAUCAAUGAUACCAAAGAAAUUGUUAAUUGCACCAAAGAAAUUAUUAAAGACUGAUGUUAAUGAAUCUCUAUUAACUACAACAUUGGAAUCUUUGGCAAGAAAAGCAGCUCAACAACAAUUACAUAAUUUAAAUCAAACUCAACUUUCUUCAAACCAGAAUAAUAAUAAUAAUCUUGUAAAUAAUAAUAAUAAUAAUAAUAAUAAUAAUAAUAAUAAUAAUAAUAAUAAUAAUAAUAAUAAUAAUAAUAAUGGUAAUAAUAGUGGUGGAUCAUCACCAAAUUUAAAUUAUAGUAGAAAUCAUCAUAUAUCUGAUGAUUUAGAUAAAUUAAGAGAUAGUUGUCUAACUGAAAGAGAGAGAAGAGAUAUUAAAUUCUUUAUGACAAAUAUUGGAAUGGCCAAAUAUGUAAAUAUGUUUAUAGAGCAAGAGAUUGAUACUACCGUACUGCACAUGUUGACAGAAUCACAUUUAAAGCAAUUGGGUGUGACAUCGCUUGGCGAUAGAUUGUCAAUCAUCAAGGGAAUUAGAGAGUCGACAUUGUAUCUUUUCAAGGGAUUGCCAUCUUUACAAUCAGAUUCUUAUGAUCCUAAUUUUAGUCCAAGAAUUGCUGAUGAUAAAUUGGAUUCUUUGGAAUUAUAG